AUGUCCGAUAACACGACAACGUGGUGGACGCCAGACCCAGCGUCUGGUGUCGGGAGUGGUGACAAUGCGUGGCAGCUCACUGCGGCGUCUCUCGUAGCCUUACAAUCUGUCCCCGGUCUCGUCGUGCUCUACGCUGGCAUUAUGAAGAAGAAGUGGGCCAUCAACAGUGCUUUCAUGGCCCUCUAUGCUUUCGCCUCCGUCCUCGUCUGCUGGGUUCUGUGGGGUUACAAGGCUUCGUUCGGCGAGAAAAUGCUUCCCUUCGUUGGCAAGCCGAAUAAUGUGCUAGGCAUCAACACAAUGCUCGAGCAGUCUUACCUACCUGCGAUCGGUGUUGGGCAGCAGUUUCCCCUGGCGACCAUGAUCUACUUCCAGUUUGUCUUCGCGGCAAUCACCCUGGUCAUCAUGGCAGGCGCCUUUCUCGGACGCAUGAACUUUUACGCUUGGAUGGUUUUCGUCCCGCUAUGGUUGACGCUCUCCUACACGGUUGGCGCGUUUUCCCUCUGGGGAGGAGGCUUCCUCUUCGACCUCGGCGUCAUCGACUACUCCGGUGGCUAUGUGAUUCAUCUCUCGAGCGGAACGGCCGGGUUCAUCGGAAGUUACUGGAUUGGACCGCGAUUGGCCAAGGACCGCGAGGACACACGACCAAACAACAUCUUAAGUACACUCGUCGGUGCUGGUAUUCUUUGGGUCGGCUGGAACGGCUUCAACGGUGGUGAUCCUUACGCUGCAAGCGCUGACGCUGGUGUUGCCGUGCUUAACACGAACCUGUGCACUGCCAUCUCCCUCCUGACAUGGACCGCUUGCGACACUCUCUACUUCAAGAAGCCAUCGGUUAUCGGGGCAAUCCAGGGCAUGAUUACAGGCCUGGUUGCCAUCACGCCAGCCGCGGGUGUUGUUGCUGGUUGGGGAGCAAUUCUGCUUGGCCUAGGUUCUGGCUCCAUUCCGUGGUUCACUAUGAACAUUGUUGCCAAGAAGUUCCCAGCCUUCGAGCGAAAUUUCGAUGAUACUCUUGGAGUCACGCACACACACAUGGUUGCCGGCUUCGUCGGCGGCUUCGGAACUGGUCUAUGGGCCACCAAAGAGGGCUGUGCCGCCUUUGGACUGACGAAUCCCGGAGGAGCAGUUGCUGGCAACGGCAUGCAACUUGGAUACCAAAUGGCCGGCGCAUGUUUCGUCAUUGGCUGGAAUCUUGUCUGGACGUCGCUUAUUCUACUAUUCAUCAAGCACGUGCUGCGUAUUCCACUGCGUAUGACGGAAGAGCAACUCAUCCUCGGCGAUGACAGCAUUCACGGCGAAGCGGCGUAUGUUUUCGGGCCAUGCGAGGCCCACGACCCGGAGCAAGGUUACAUCCACGGCGAGCUGGUUCCUACAAGUGCUGAUGAGACGGGAAUGGGUAGUGGCAAUACGACCCACAUCACAUCAGAAAAGGAGCCCAUGAAAAAUGGAGAGUCGAGUCGAUCUCAUGCAGAGCUGGGGGUUUAGUGUGAAUACCGAGUGUAGGGUUCCUUGCGCUAUGGCAAGGUGCAAUAACUGUCACGGAUGCUAGCAGAGCGUCCUGGCAUAUUUAUUUCUGCUAUUCCCGCCUUGCCAUAUCGCAAUCGCAG